UUGUUUAUUACAAAAACAGACGGCGAUGGGAGGAUCAUAUGUUGUUCCUAGAGGUAUGCAAGAGAUUGCUAACCAUAUCAAGAUUCAAUACAGUAACAAGCCCAUGUUUAUUACCGAAAACGGGUAUUCUUCACCGGAUGUGCGUGAGCAACGGGUUAUUGAGCUAAUGAAUGAUGUCAAGCGAGUUGAAUUUCAUGCAAGAUACCUUGCUCAUUUAGCCAAGUCUAUUAGAGAGGGAGCAGAUGUGCGUGGAUAUUUCAUAUGGUCACUUAUGGAUUGCUAUCAAUGGAACCUUGGUUAUAAUGUGAGGUUUGGGUUAUACUAUGUGGAUCGACAAACGCUAACCCGGAUACCAAAGCUUUCUGCAAGAUGGUACAAGAACUUUCUGACCAACAACAGCAAACAUGUGUAUAAGUAGCGGCGGAGUCAGGAAUUCUCUUUUGGGGAGUCAAGAAAUGGGUCGGUUGGAAAAUGCGAUCACGUUUAACUUAUUUACAAAUGAAUGGAGUUAAGGGGACUUGUAACUAAUUAGUAAUAGGGAGUUGGGUGAGUUAGAAAAGUUAAAAUUUGUUUCUUGUGAAAGGUGUGCCAUGGAAGAAAUCUGGUAUGUUGGUUACUUGGCUAAUGAUAAUUUAGGCAUUUCUUUUUCCUCUUUAAGGACAAAGCUAGGCUAUGAGACAAUCUCUUUGUAAAUUUGUGAUUGUAAAAUAUGGGU